AUGGAUCAGCUUCAACAUUUCAGUCACGACCAUCCAUUGAUGUUCAAGGAAGAGGCGCAGAAGGAUAAAGAUGGUACAACAGUAGUUUGCCGUGCGUGUGGGGACCCGGUGCUUGGUCCAAGCUACAGUUGCAGCCAGUGUUCCGAUUUAUUCAUUCUCCACAAGUCAUGUGCGGAGCUUCCCUCGGAGUUUCAUCACCCGAUGCAUACCCAACAUUCACUUGUUCUAAACAAAGGCAGAGGACGAGGAUACCAGUGUGAUGCAUGUGACCAAGAUUGCAGCCACAAGUUCACUUAUAGUUGCUUCCAGUGUGACUUCAACCUCGACUCAAAAUGUGCUUUCAAUUGGACCGGUUUUAAACAUUUCAGUCACGAGCAUCCGUUAUUGUCCCAGAGAAAGCCAAAGAAGAAGUACUUUGGUCUGCUGUUCUGCGAUGGCUGCCAAGACCCAAUACUAACUGGUCCAAGUUACACAUGCAUCAAUACCUUCCGUCGUCGCAAAUGUGGCUUCAAUCUCCAUAAAAAAUGUGCGGAGCUGCCCCAUGAAAUUGAGCACCCGAUGCACCGUCAACACCCGCUUUUUCUCCACAACAUUCUUCCGGAUGUCAAGCGGGUACGUCGCCUUUGUAAUGUUUGCAACGAACCUGGCAGAUUCCUCUACUGCUGUUCCAUAUGUGACUUCAACCUUCACCCCAAGUGUGGCUCACAUUGGCAAACUAUUCUUGCUAAUGACUCUCACGAGCAUCAGUUCACAGUCCUCUGGAAGAAAAUGUCUGACUUCCACGUUAAUUGUGAAGUUUGUGGUGAGUACUGGACUGCCACGGUUUACUACAUGUGUAGCAUUUGCCAGCUCUUGGUCCAUAAGGAAUGUGCUUCAUUACCACGCAGCAUAAAAAAACCUGACCACCAACACCAACUGGAGCUGACCUGGUUCCUUGACAACUUCUACCCCAACAACCUGUCAUGCAAUGUGUGCUCUUUAAGCAUUGAUAAAUGUCGCGCUGCUUAUUGUUGUGGUGAAUGUAACAGUUAUGUUGCCCAUGUCGCAUGUACGACAGCUGAGUACUCUCAAGAAGAUAGCUCUCGAGAAGAUAGGUUUUCGGACAUUGUCCUGAAUGAAAUUGAGUCUAAAUCGUCUGAUGAUGCUCUAGAGAUCACACACUUCAUUCACCCACAUCCAUUAGUCGCUAAUGAUCCUUGUGAGGAAGUUAAAGAUGAGCACAGACUAAUUACCUGUGAGGGAUGCAUCCGCCCCAUAAAUGCCACCAAAGAAUCCUUUUACAGCUGCACCAAACAAGAAGAUGAGUUGUGUAGUUUCUUUCUCCAUAAGGUAUGUGCUCAAUUACCUAAAAAGAUGCUUCUCCCUCUACUUCACCAACACCAGGUCACGCUCCUCUCAAAGGCACCUUCUAUUGGUGGUGUGUUCCAGUGUUUUAUGUGUAAUGCUUUUAACCAAGGCUUCACAUAUGCAUGUGAGAAAUGUGCCUCAUCUGAAGGUGAAACUGUUUUCUACCUCGACCUUCAGUGCAUUGCUUACUGGGAAAACAAGGCUCUUAAACAUGACUCUCAUGUUCACCGCCUGCUCCUCAACACAGAAUGGGAGGACGUCCAUUGCAGCAGUUGUGGGUGUGAUAUAUUUUUCUGCUUUAGUUGUAAGAGAUGUGAAUAUCAUCUUUGUAUUCCAUGUGUUAGAGUACCUCUUACUGGUAGGCACCGAUACGAUGAUCAUCCUCUCAAGCUCACAUAUGCUAGUGUCCCCGAUGAGCUGGGUUACUAUUGUCAAAUAUGCGAAGGAACUCGAGAUCCAGCACAUUGGUUCUACCGCUGCAAUGAUUGUGACUUUGAUUGCCAUGCUCACUGCAUUGUGGGGAGGUAUCCACAGGUCAAGUUAGGGAGCACUUGCAAGCACGAAGCUCAUGCUCAACACCUCGUCACCCUUGUUGAUAAGUCAAGGAGCCCUAUUCGGUUUGAUAAGAGAGAGAACAUUCUUCCUUGCCAGAAGUGUAGACAACCCUGUGUAGGAUUGGUGUUUGAAUGUAGAGAGUGCAAUAUAAAUAUCCACCGUGAAGGAUUCUGUCAGGUAACAGACUUGGAGAGUUCUGCCAACUAA